AUGGCGACCGCCAUUGUGCGUUUCUUUGUUCGACAUGCGAUAGACUUUCGAGCUGCGGAAUCGAAAUUGUUUGCAGAUCUGCUAGAAAGCGCGGCCAUUUCACAGGGCACGAACGAAAGGAUCGAUCAAGGCUUUGCGGAUUCGAAGAAAUUGCAGCAUUGUUCAGGCGUCCCCGAAAGGUACACAAUACCACACGGGAAUGCUCUUCAAGCAUUCUGGGAGCAUAGCCCUGCUGCACAGUUCGUGGAUACAGAUCUAUCCAAUAUUGGGGAAUUUCCGUCAUCUAGGUAUCUCAUAAUUUAUUUUCCAGACUACGCAAAUGCUCAGCCAUCUCGCCACGCACUUCGACGACAGCCCACCGAAGACGAAGGGAAUUCGGGUGAGGCAUCGAUGAUUGCGUCAACGUUUCUUUGGACAUCUGGUGCAAAAUUAUACUACAUUGGCUCGCGGAAUUGCUCUCACGAUUUUAAAUCAUGCAUUGCAGAGCUAGUGUUGCAGUCGAAAGAAACGUGCAAACUUGGGAAAGCUGCUCUAGACCAAGUUUUUAUUGGAAGGCCAUUUGAAACUAGUGAACAGUCCGCUGACGUAACCAAGAAUGAUCCAGUGAAUACCUGGAUAUCAGAUGUGCCGCGCGAAGUAGAUAUUUUGGCCCAACAGCUUCUCACUCAAGUACCAGUACUAUCAAGAUGCGUCAGAAGGAACACUUUGUUGGCCUCCUUUUUUAGAGAAACAUAUAGCAGUAGGGCCGCUGUGAUGUUGUUUGGCAGAAACUUGGCAGAGAAAGAGCAAUGUGCGAGAUACAAAGCUCACAUAGCACUCCCACUGCAGCUCACGCGGUGCUGUGAUGCGGUUGAAAAUGCUCAGCAAACAUUCAAGAUCCUGUCACAUGCACAGUCAAGUCACAAAGAUCGUCAACGGUUCCAGGAGACGUCAAGUUUUUUGCAUACCAUUAACGAGGAAAGUGCUGGCAACGUGCAGCUUUGUCAGGAGAUCACGCGUCUUGUUCUAUCCCAGCCUUACCUGAAUGAGCUUGAGAUUUUUAUCGCUGUGAUGAAACCUUUGGCGAAGUUGAUCGAGAAGUAUACAUGUGUUGAUGACUCACUCUCUGCGAGUGAUAUGGGCUCCUCAGCCCCUCUUGCUUCGGGAGGACGUUCGCUGGCUCAUGUUCUUCCUGACUGUUUUAGUACCCUGCGAGAUAUUUACAAAGAACAAAGGCCAGAGUUAGAGAACGAUCUCCGCCUGCUGCGCGCAAUGUCUGCUCGUCGCCUCAUGGGCCAAGGUGGGGACGAGUAUCCGCCAAUUGUUGGAGACAUAUGCUACCUCGCUACAUUUCUAAACCCUACCUCCAACUUGGCUGCAAUGAAAGGUAUCACAGUCGACGAGUCGUGGCGUCGGGCGGUCUCAUUUUUGCAUUUCCAAUACGGCUCCCGUUCUGACGUGGUCUUGGAUAGGGCCAUUGAACAGCUUCAAGACUUUCACCAGCGAUCUGGAGCUUUCGCAGAGCCAGGGAUCUUCAUAGCCCCAGAUGAGACUGAACAAGAAGAUCCACGAAUUUGGUGGCAGAAGCAUGGUAGGCUGGCACCGGAUCUCUUCACCAUUGCGUUAAAAGUACUAGACGCACCAACAGCCGCGUUUCCUAUUGUGAAACUUGCAUCGGAGAUGAACGGCCGACAUUCUGAUUUAUACAGCACGGAAAAGGACGAGUUGAUGGAGAAGAAGAGAUUUUUGCUGUGGAAUUUAAGGCUAUCUGAACGUGCUGACACGUCAAAAAAUGUCGAUUCCUUUCUAGGACCCCCCCAUUCGAAAGGAGAAUCAUAG